UAUCCAAUCCAAAUGUCAACAUGAAAAGUUCUCAAUUUGUCAACAAAAUGAUAAAAACUUGUGAUGUAUCGCGAAUUUUAGUUAAAAAUUCACUAAAACAUUAUAGUUUAAGAUGUUCUAGUCGUUUUUUAUCUACAUUUAAGUACUCUAAUCAAAAAGAUGAUGAAAAUUUUUCUCGUAAAUGUUAUUUUGGCGGUGCUAUAGCGAUUGCUGCUGGUGUUUUUGGUUACGUAUCUCUAAAAGAGAAGAUUAAUGCGGCCACUAUAACUUUAUCUGGUAGACGGGAGAAGUAUAACUUUAUAGCUGAUGUGGUGGACGUGUCAGCACCGUCUGUUGUAUAUAUUGAGAUCCAGGAUGGCAGACGCCUUGACCUAUUUUCUGGUCGACCUAUCACUAUAUCAAAUGGAUCUGGGUUCAUUGUAAAUGAAGAUGGGCUGAUUUUAACUAAUGCACAUGUCGUCGUGAAUAAGCCUAAUGCUGUGGUAAAUGUUCGACUUAUGGAUGGUUCAACUCACUUAGGGUUUGUAGAGGACUUUGACAUGAAAUCAGACUUAGCAACAUUGAGAAUACCAGUAAAAAAUUUGCCUGUCAUGAAAUUGGGAUCAUCAACAGAUUUACGACCUGGCGAGUGGGUGGUGGCCAUGGGAAGUCCUCUUGCAUUGAGCAAUACUGUAACGGCAGGUGUAGUCAGUUCAACUCAAAGAAAUAGUAAAGAACUAGGAUUGCAAGGAAAAGACAUGGUCUACAUACAAACAGAUGCACCAAUUACUUUUGGUAAUAGUGGAGGGCCUCUAGUCAACUUGGAUGGUGAAGCAAUUGGUAUUAACAGUAUGAAAGUAACCUCAGGGAUAUCUUUUGCAAUACCAAUUGACUAUGUUAAAGAAUUUUUGGCUAAGCGAAAAACCAAGUCACCUCAAGUUUCAAGACGUUACCUUGGUAUAACGAUGUUAUCUUUGACACCCAACAUACUUAUGGAGCUGCGAAUGAGGAAUCCUGAAAUGCCAACUGAUAUAGAUCACGGAAUUCUUGUAUGGAAAGUAAUUAUAGGAUCACCUGCUUACAACGGCGGUCUCCAACCAGGUGAUAUAGUUACCCACAUAAAUGGUACACCCGUGACAAGUGCAACAGACCUUUAUUCGGUUCUAGAAAACUCCACGGGCAAACUUACUGUGCAGAUUGUACGAGGAAGAUUACGUACUACUAUUGUUAUUGCACCCGAAAUACAUUGAAAAUCUUUG